UCGAGGAAGAAGCAAAAGAAACAGAAACGGCAGAAACGAUGGAAGGAAACCGGGACGAAGCUGAAAAAUGUAUAAAAAUCGCCACCAGAGCCCUCGAAGAUGGCGAUAAAGAGAAGGCGUCGAAGUUCCUCCACAAAGCAGAAAAAUUGUAUCCGACCCAGAAAGCCAAAAUAUUGCUGGAAGCGUUGCUGAGGAAUGAAACUGCAUUCGGGAGUAGCAGAAAACGAGCCAAUGGAGCACAGUCAGAAGCCCAAACCCCACACGAGACACAGAACCGGGACUCAGCAGCUGCAGAUUCAAGUAAAACAUUUACUAAGGAGCAGACUGAAGGUGUAGUGAGGAUAAAGAGAUGUAAGGAUUUCUAUGAGGUACUGGGUAUCAGUAAAGAUGCUGGUGAUGAGGAACUAAAAAAGGCCUAUAGGAAACUGGCUUUAAAGUUCCAUCCUGACAAAAAUCACGCGCCAGGAGCGACUGAAGCCUUUAAGAAGAUUGGAAAUGCCUAUGCGGUGCUCAGUAACCCAGACAAGAGAAGGCAGUAUGAUGAGUGUGGUGGAAAUGAACCCAGCAGCCCAAGUCAAAGCUCUCAUGGAAACUUUGACUUCCACCGAGGCUUUGAGGCCGAUAUAACACCUGAAGAUCUUUUCAAUAUGUUUUUCGGAGGCGUCUUCCCUUCGCAGAGCACGCACACGUUCACCAACGGCAGAGCACAUCACAGUCGCCAGACGGACCAAACCAGAGAGAGAGCGGAGGAAAGAGGAGAAGGAGGCUUCUCCAUGUUAAUUCAACUGAUGCCCAUCGUCGUGCUGAUAUUUGUGUCGGUUCUCAGCCAGCUGCUGGUGUCCACGCCGCCCUAUAGUCUGUACUCUAGACCGUCCACUGGACAGACUAUUAAGAGACAAACAGAGAAUCUGCAUGUAGACUAUUAUGUCAGCCGAGAUUUUAAAUCCGAGUUCAAGGGCUCAGUCUUGCUGAAGAUCGAGAAGAGUGUGGAGGAAGACUACGUUUCCAACGUGCGCAACAACUGCUGGAAGGAAAGGCAGACGAAAACGGACCUGCUGUACGCUUCUAAGGUCUACAGGGAUGACCGACUACGGAAGAAGGCUGAGCUCAUGUCCAUGGACAGCUGUAAAAAGCUGGAAAGACUGAAUGACCUCUUCCGCGGAGGGUGAACCAGAGGCAUAGCGACGCUGAGAAUAUUUGAAAGACACGAUUGAUUUAUAUGUUAAUGUUUCUCGCCUUUGUUUUUAACAUGAUAGAAUGAAACUAAUAUUAGAAUCGUUUUGAAGGUCCCUCACCUACCACUGGAAUAUGUUUUGCCGUAUAGCUCAGUCGACAGACAAAAAGGUGGCUACUAGAGCCAUCAGGUGUAUAUAUACGAUAUUAUAUAUACUGUACAUAACAUAAUAUAAUUUCUUAUUUUUAAGUCAUCUUUUAGUUCAAUGUGCUUUAGACAGGCAAGAUGACAUUUAAGCAAGAAUCAAAGAAAUAAAGGUUUACUUUAAAAAAAAUA